GAUUGCGUAGACUUCCUGCAAGAUACGCAUGUUCAUCCGCGAUGCCUCCCCUCCCAUACACCAGGCCUCCGCGUGUCUUCCGGCUAUGAUCGGUUAUGGAAGAUCCCAGCUGACCAUCACAUUUGGGACGUCUCCGAGAUUAUCGGAUCUGCUCUGUCUUCUGCACUCACUUGACAUCCCCUUCCUACAAAGAGUGAUCAGGUUCGUCGCUUUACGGCCAAAAUGGCAUCUUUCAUAGCAUGGCUCGUGACUCUCUACGUUGUUUGGAUCCGACGAUCCAAAGAGAUCUUCAGAAAUCCUGACCGAUUGAGAAAGGUCAUGCAGGAAACAUACCUCCGACCGACGAGUUUCGCACCUCCAAAGAAAUUAGGUUCAAAUCUUGUCAUCAUUCGAGAGGAUCAAGCGAGCUGGCCAGUCUACAGAGUCUCGAAGCCGCGUGUCAUCGGGAAAGCCUCGCCAGGACCAAAUGGGGCAAUGAUGUACCUUCAUGGUGGGGCUUUCUUUCGAGAAAUUCUGGGUCCUCAUUGGAGUCUCAUCGCCCAUCUGUGUCAAGAGACUGGACUGGACAUCAUCGUUCCUAUCUACCCUCUUCUACCUCGCCCAGGCUCAGAUGCAAAGUCCGUCAUUGACCAUGCUCUGGAUAUCGCAGUGGGACAAGAAUCCCCAAUACAAUGUAUCGCUGGCGAUUCAGCAGGUGGAACGCUUGCUCUCGCCCUGGCUCAGCAGUGUCUGAAACGAAAAGAUGAGUCAAAAUACGCUCGACUGGCGCGGGACCUUCGAUGUGUUGUGCUCCUAUCACCCUGGUUAGACAUAACGGCAACUCAUCCCGAGCUCGAAGUCCUCGAUAAGGACGAUCCAUGGCUCGGUAUACCCGGGGCCAAAGUCCUCGGCAAAAUUUACGCUGGAGAGCUGGCGCUAGACGAUCCGAUUGUCAGCCCUCUCUUUGGAGAUAUCGAUAAUCUCCCUCCACUGUUGCUCUUUGGUGGAACUCGUGACAUUCUUUGCUCCGAUGCUAGAAGAUUGAGUGCAAAGUACCAAGGCAAAGGGGUCACCAAAGGCGAACCCGGUUCAUUCGAAUCGGAGCGCUUCACAUUCGUUGAAGGCAAAGAUAUGAUCCAUGUCUGGCCGAUGUUGCCCUCGUCCGAAGGCAAACGGGACAAGGCGAAGAUGGUCAGUUUCAUAAAUAAGCAAAUCGCAGGCUGAGGGAGACGGUGGUCCCUGGACAAUAGUCCAGGUGCGG